AUGUCACAUCGUUGGACAUUAUAUGGUUUAGAUAAACUGAUUGAUAUUGAACAAUUAGAUUUCCCGGAAUUUGAAGAUCAAUUAGAUGAUGUAGUGACAUGUACUUAUAAUGAUACCAUUGGUCGUGAUGGUGAUGAAAUAUUUCAUGACUCAAUGCCAUCUGAUGGUAUGUUUAAUUUGAUUAAAUUAGAAGGUACUAAUUGGCAAGUGAUGAUUAUUGUACCAGAUAUAAAAGAUAAAGAGAGAGGAAAUGUACAAUAUAGUAUAAUGAGUAUGAAUUUUCAUGAUGAAACGAUACAAAGAAAAUUCUUACAAAUUUUUAAGAUGAUGAUAGGUGUAGUAUUGUGGCCUUUGUUGUUUAAUGUGGAUUCUAUGAUUAAUAUUUUAGAUUCUGUAGUUGAUAGAGCACACUGGUAUGACACAGUAGUAUAUUUUGAGAAUUCUCGACAAAGAGACAAUGAAGAUGAUGAGAGACGAUUAGCUCAAUGGAGUAUUACUAUAAGUAAAUAUGAUUGUGAGACAUUAAUUGGGAGUUCUUUGGACAAUAAUCCAUAUGAAAUAAUAAUUUUCCCAUAUAUUGAAAAACAAACAGGAUUUCAUUUAAACCAAUUACCAAUUAAAUAUAUUUCAUUGAGAAAUUAUUUAAGAAUUUCUGAGAAUCAAAUAAGAACUGUGAGACCUUCUUUAUCUCCAAGUAUAUUAAUUUCUCAAUUAAAAUAUGUUUCCAAGCUUGUCAAAGGGUAA